UGACGUGAGGCCAGAAAUAUUCUUUCACUCAUUUUCGGCGAUCCCGCGCCUCUCACCUCUUGACAUCCCUCGAGUCUUCCCACACUGACGCAGUCCCCUCCUUCACACGUGACCCAUCACCAUGCCUGACGAAGAACCGUCCCUGAACAUCCCCUCCCUUCUCACCCUUGCCGUUGUCUCUUUCUUCGUGAUUCGAUGGUUCUUCAACCGUGAUGGAGAUGCUGGGGCCGGAAACGGUCGUAGCCGCACGCGAGGAAAUGGCGUCGAUCCAGCCCACGUUGAGCAGAUCUCGCAGAUGUUUCCUCAGCUUAGCCAUCGCGAGAUCAUGUGGGACUUACAACGCAACGGAGGGAACAUGGCCGCUACUACGGAAAGAAUCUUGACGGGUCGUGGCCUAGAAGUGCCCCCUCCAUCGUUUCAACCCCAGAUCGCCAUCCCCACCCCCACCGCGCCAGUACAGCCCGCCACCGCUGCGCCCAAGGCAGACGGCCAGGACCUGAUCUCUCGGUACAACCUUCGCUCGAAAGUCGGCGCAGACGAGGACUCCGCGACCUCACAGGCUCAGUCCUCCACGGGUUGGUCGCAGAGCAAGGAGGAGCGGCAGCGCUUGCUCCAGAAGCGCAGGGACGACAUGAUCUUGGCGGCGAGGAGGAAGAUGAUGCAAAAGGACCAGACGGCUGCUGCUCAAUGAGGGACCCCCUUUUUUAAUGUGGCUCUGCGCUCAGGCUCUCCCCUCUCUACUAUUCACUAUUUCUUCGUUGUGACUUAGCACGGCCUGCAUAUAUGCAUGGGAUCGUUGUGGGCUUUCAUCUCGCUUCAGACUUCUCUUCCAGUCAAAUUUGGAUUGUCCUUUCAUUUCCUUUUUUGUGACCUGGGGCUUUUUCAGCUCUCGUCAUUAGUUUUAUACCUUUGUUUUUUUUUUUGUUCGGCGUUGAGGAUGGUUCAAGAUUUGAUCAAUGCUGACAGUACCUUUUCGGCUC